AUGGCAUCAAUUCCGGCGUCGCGUUGGGUGGUUCCGCCACGGUUACUUUCGCAUUGGAUCAAUGUCAUUGGCUCUUCUAAAACUAAAACAGCUUCUUAUUCUUAUUCUUAUUCUGGAAUAAUCUCCGAUUCCCAUUCUCAUUAUUCUUAUAUCCCUGUUCCUAUUCCACGACGUUGUUUUUCCGCCAUGGCAACUCCACAAGACUCCGCUUCCACCAAAACUGAGAGGGUCGUUGUGAAGGGGAAGGUGCAGGGUGUCUUCUACAGGAACUGGACCAUUGAGAACGCUACCCAGUUGGGCCUUAAAGGAUGGGUCCGUAACCGCCGUGACGGCUCCGUCGAGGCCCUCUUCUCCGGCCCCUCAGACGCCGUCCAGGAGAUGGAGCAAAGGUGCCGACGUGGGCCGCCUGAUGCCAUCGUCACCGGUUUCGAGGCUUUUCCUUCCACGGAUGAUCCUGGCAAUGGCUUCGAACGCAAACCAACUGUUUGAUGAAAUGACUAAGACAGAAAAAAAAGGAAAAAAAAUGUUUGUGUUUGCUGUUUGUUAUUUUUGUUUACCACUUACCAGUGUAAUUUCUGUUAUGUACUAGUGCUUGUUAUUAUGAGCAUUCCACACUGUUUUGUC